UCUGUUAAUGGAUCGUGAUGUUUCUGCUGACAGCCGGCUCUCUGGCCGAGAACGGCGCUCUGAAGGUGAACGAGCACCUGCAGGUCGAAGGAUUCUCCAACGUCUUCGCUGUGGGCGACUGCGCCAACGUCAGCGAGCCCAAGAUGGCGUACCACGCCGGGCUGCACGCCACCGUCGCCGUCAGCAACAUCGACAACAGUCUGAGCGGGAAGGCGCUGACCUCAUAUCACACAGGUAACGUCACCAUGCUGCUGGCGAUGGGCCAUAACGACGGCGUCGGUCAGUUUAACGGGCUGAAGUUGCCUCGUUUCCUCGUUGCUUUGGGGAAGAGUCGAGAUCUGCUGCUGUGGAAGAGCUGGAGGGAGAUGCAGCAGAAGCAGCCCUGACGCGCACCUGCACACCUGCACACACACACACCUUUCUGUCACGCUUCUCCUAGUGAAGGAUUGUUCAGGUCACCAGUGACCGUCCACUCACGUUAUUUUGAACCACGUCUAACUCAUUUUCUAUAGAACUCUCUCCUCUGAAUGUUGCUCAACUUCUCAGCUGUGAAAUCAGAUUUAUAGACAAAGACGUGACUUGUUGUUGAAUACGAGGAUGUGAAAUGAUGUUUCCUUUCCGUCCUGCUGCUGGAAGCGUAGAGGUAGAAACCCUCUAACGUGUCUACGUGUGCCUUCAUCUCCAGGAGAAAUCAGUUUCUGACUCUACGCUGUGUUGAAGAAUCAGCGGAAACCUGACUGAAGUCUGGUUGGUGCUCAGACGGCCUCAGAGGAUUUAGCCCGUUCUGUCCUCUAACCUUAAAGUCUUAACAGCUCUUUGAAGACCGGACAAAAUGUCCUCACCUGUUUACUCAACCAGGUUUACUCAGUGUUUAUGCUGCCAUGGCAACCGGUGCCUCGACGCUCAGCUAAUCGAGGUGAAGUUGCUGAGGAGAGUCGUUCGAUCACAACGUGGAGGAUUUGUUCGUCCACAUGAAGCCGGUUACAUUUGCAAACAUCUUUUUCUCUGUCCGCUCGGACUAAAAUAAAUCCUGAAACUGAAGAGAGGAGAAGAAGAAGAAGAGUUCCCCGUCUUCAGGUUCAGGUGUUUCCGUCUCUGGCUUCCUGUGGACGCAGUCUUCGCUGUUACAUUAGAUGUUUACUGUUGUGUCAAACAGUCUCUCUUUUAAUCCUUUACAAUAUGUAGGUGCUUUCAAAUAAACGUGCCAUCGGUCUUUA